CAUACAACGUUCUUUUACUGACCACCUAGCAGUUCUGUUCAAAGUUACCAUUUUGCUUAGCUUCUGUCUGCCAUCUCGUAAGCAGGCAUGGGCUGGUUAGUAUGUUCAGGCACAAGUCACCUUACGUAGCCAGGUACAGGUCACACCUACAAUGAUGAAUCUGCACUUUAGAAACUUUGGAGCUUUUUGGAUGUGAGUUUGCUCGCUGAGCUGGAAGUUGUUGAGGUGAUAUCUGCUGGAUUUAAGGAGAUGUCAUUGGCAGAAAGAGGUGGACGUCGGCGAGACUUGCAUGAUCUUGGAGUGAACACAAGGAAGGCAAUGGAGCAUGUCAAGGAGUCCAAAACUGGUAUUUCUGGAAGUAUAAUACGACUGAUAACAAACUAUAUUCGCCUAAGCUCUCGCCCACAGUGGGCUCUAUAUCAGUACCAUGUGGAUUAUAAUCCUCAAAUGGAAUCAAGGCGUUUGCGAACAGUACUGUUGUUUAUGCAUGACAAAAUACUUGGUACAACUCGUGUCUUUGAUGGUUCGAUCUUAUUCCUGCCCAAAAAACUGGAAAAGAAAGUCACUGAACUGCUGAGCCAGACACGUGAUGGCCAGAAUGUGAAGGUAACAGUUACUUUGACAAAUGAAUUGCCUCCGACAUCUCCAACAUGCCUUCAGUUUUACAACAUUGUGUUCAGACGGCUUUUAAAGAUGAUGUCCUUGCAGCAAAUUGGCCGAAACUAUUACAACCCUCAGGAUCCCAUUAUGAUUCCGCAGCACAGAAUCAUGGUUUGGCCAGGAUACACCACGUCAAUUCUGCAGUACGAGAACAGUGUCAUGUUAUGUGCAGAUGUCAGUCACAAGAUUCUGCGAAGCGAAACUGUACUUGAUGUGAUGUAUCAGUUAUAUGAGCAGUUUGGUGAACACCAGUUUCAGGAAGCCUGCUCCAAGGAGCUAAUUGGUGUCAUAGUUCUUACCAGGUACAACAACAAGACUUACCGAAUCGAUGAUAUUGAUUGGGUUCAGAACCCACGAAACACCUUUAAAAAGACAGAUGGAUCUCAAAUCAGCUAUGUUGAUUAUUACAAGAAGCAAUAUAGUACUGACAUCACUGAUCUGAACCAGCCAGUGCUCAUCAGUCAACCCAAAAGGCAAGGACCUGGAGGUACUACUGUAGGACCCAUCUGCCUCAUUCCAGAGCUCUGUUAUCUCACAGGAAUGACUGACAAAAUACGUUCAGAUUUCAAUGUUAUGAGAGACCUGUCUGUACAUACAAGAUUAACACCAAAACAAAGAGAACAGCGGUUAUGGCGUUUCAUGGACUACAUUCAAAAGGAUGAUAAUGUACAGAAGGAGCUCUCUGAUUGGGGUCUCCAAUUUGAUACCGAGUUACACUCACUGUCUGGCCGAGUUGUACCUUCAGAGAAGAUUCACCAAGGUGGUAAAAUGUUUGAUUAUAAUCCUCAAGCAGCAGAGUGGUCCAGAGAAACCAGAGGCGCUUACCUGAUUAAUCCUAUUCCACUGGAAAAUUGGGUGUUGAUUUUUACCCGAAGAAAUGCUGAUGUAGCUAGGAGCCUCUUCCAAACUCUAGGCAAAGUGGUAAAUGCAAUGGGCAUUAGAAUGGAAAAGCCAUUAAUGAUCGAGGUGGAAGAUCGCAGUGAGGCAUUUUUGAAGGCGUUGCAAUCUAAUGUUACUCAGUCUACAAGAAUUGUUGUUUGUGUCCUUCCAUCUAAUCGUAAAGACAAAUACGAUACAAUCAAGAAAUACUUGUGUGUUGAAUGCCCAACCCCAAGUCAGUGUGUAGUUGCUCGCACCUUAAGUAAGCCACAGGCAUUGAUGGCUAUUGCAACAAAAAUUGCAUUGCAAAUAAACUGUAAGAUGGGUGGUGAACUGUGGAGUGUCGAGAUACCACUCAAACAGCUCAUGGUGGUUGGUAUAGAUUGUUACCAUGAUAAUGCUGCUGGGAGGAAGUCCAUUGCAGGAUUUGUAGCCAGUCUGAAUCAGUCCAUAACAAGGUGGUUUUCUCGCUGCAUCUUGCAAGAGCGUGGACAAGAACUUGUAGAUGGAUUAAAAGUUUGCUUACAAGCUGCCUUGAAAACAUGGCAUGCUCACAAUAAGUGCCUGCCUGGUCGCAUCAUAGUGUACCGUGAUGGAGUUGGUGAUGGACAGUUGAACACUGUAGUCAAUUAUGAGGUUCCGCAGCUGCUAGAUUGUUUGAAAUACCUGACUGACUACAAGCCAAAGCUAUCGGUGAUUGUUGUGAAGAAGCGUGUUAAUGCAAGGUUUUUUUCACAAGCUGGUGGAAGAUUGCAGAACCCACCUCCUGGCACUGUCAUUGAUACAGAUGUUACGAGACCAGAAUGGUAUGACUUCUAUAUCGUCAGUCAGUCAGUGAAGGUUGGUACUGUUACACCGACACACUACAAUGUGGUGUAUGACAGCAGCAACUUAAAACCAGAUUACAUGCAGCGACUAACCUACAAGCUGUGCCACAUGUAUUACAAUUGGCCGGGUGUUAUUCGUGUGCCUGCCCCCUGCCAAUAUGCCCACAAGCUGGCAUUCUUAGUGGGACAAAGUAUUCAUCGAGAGCCCAGUCUGGCAUUGGCAGACCGACUUUAUUACCUGUGAAUAUAAAAGCCAUCAUGUUUCCUGUCAUGAUUACUACUUAAAAAAGCAACUUUAUAAAAUGAACCAUUUCCCAAGAAUGUAUAUUCUAGACCAGGAAAACAUUUGGAUGUGUGGGCAGUUGUGUCAAUGGGAAACCACACCUAUUCUUGUAAUCUGGAUAUUAACUUGUUUGCACGCAGUCUCUUUUAGUUUUCUAAAUACCCCAUCUUUAAAGCAUCCACAAGCUGAGGCAAGAGUUCCUCGGAUAUCAAAAAUUCAUGACAUGUCUUCUCCUUUUCCCCCCCUCCACCACGACCGCAAUGCUUUGUCCCAAAUCCUUGAACAAUCUCUUUGCGUUCAAUGAAAGUAGUUCUCUGAAUUAAAGCAACCAACAGAAUUACAAAUGUUAUUGAGCCCCAAGUUCAUUGUGCAUAUGAUACUAGCGUAAACUCAAAUGACAACAGAUGCUGGAGAAACUCCACAGGUCUGGCAGCAUCUGUGGAGAGAAUUGAAAUUAAUCUUUUGAGUCUGGUUUGACUUCUUCGGAAUCCCUAUCUAUUUUAUCCCAUUUUUAUUGUACUAGGGAAGUCAUACUAGACUCAGCAUUAACUCCUGUUUGAUACUGUCAGAUCAUUUUUGUUUUUGUGCUUAUGAUACUAGUCUGACUUGAACUCUUUCCCCUAAUCCCUUUUUCCCAUUUCCCUUUUAUGCACAACCCUGGUGUACCUUGUUUGACUAAUCCUGAAAGAUGCCAAACCCUUUCAUAUCAAAGGUAAAAUCAUCAAAUUUUAUAACAUGGGAGGCAGUCAUUUGGCCUGCCUUUAUGCCUGUUGUCAGUACUUUGUAUUUUAAAAUUAAUUUUUAUAAAAGCAAUGGAUGCUAGAGAUCUGAAAUGAAAACAAGACGCUGGUGAAACGCAGCAGGUCUGGCGGUAUCUGUGGAGAGAGAAACAGAUUUAACUUUGAAUUCAAUUUGACCCUAUCAUUUUGACCCAUUUCCUUGUCCUUCCCAGAACUUCUUUUUAAAGUUUUGUUCACUUUCCUUUUAAAAGCUAUUAUGGAUUCUACUUGCAUCACUCUUGGGUAAGAAAUUUCAAACAGACAAUAAGCCUUAUUUUGUGGAUCUUUUCAUAAUGAUGAUCCUGCAGUCUGUUUUUAGACGUUCGCUGGAAGUGGGAGUACCUGGUAAGCCACCUUGAACUGCUACAGUUUGUGAUGCACAGAAUUCUGCUCAUCAGGAAUUAUAGGAUUCUUAUCUUCAGAUGCUUCCUCCAGAAUGGUGUUGAGUAGCUAAAUGUGGCUUAACUAAUUGGUAAAAAUUCAAUAUUUAAAGCAAACCAUAUAUUACUCCAAUGUAUAGGACUAUAGAAUCCUUAUCUCUAAUAUCAGCAUUCCAAUUUAAAGAUUUGUUCAUCCACACAUUUAGCUCACUACUGUUGACCAUCUUGCUGCUUUUGGUAGACAGUUUCCCACAGUGUACAGUAUGAUCCUUCUGUGGUUAUCCGUUGUCUGAUCCUGAAUGGUGAACAUCUACGUAGUAUUUGAUCAUGAAGCUUGUGCAGCUGAGCCUGAUCCUGCCCUCCCCUGACUUCCGUAUGUCAACAGCAGGAGUCACCAAAUAAUUUGAGAAUCUAGGGAAAAUGUCACCCCAGUAGAGGGCUUCUCUAGCUGGUUGUAUGCCCUUGCUGAGAUCAGUCACUUCAGCACCGACACUACAGAGUAGAGUCCAGAUUAAACUGUAGUGUCUUUCCCUGAUCAGCUACCUGUGGCAGUUUUGCAGUUCAGUUUCAGGGUUAAUUUUGGAUCAACUUUAAAGUUAAUUUCCUUUUUUAAGCAAUGUUGGAGUGGAGGUUCAAAUAUCAUUCUCCCCCAUCCUCCAGGUUAUUUUCUUUGGGUGGGCGUAUUACUAAACACUGUUUUUGUCAAGUUUGGGCUGUGUCAGGAUUACUUUGACAUUUUGCAAACCACUACAAUCAGCUGAAUUUACUAUAUUAACAAGCAUCUUGUCCAAGUCAGCAUCAUUUAUUUACUACAGGUAAAUAAUUCAUGUUAUCAUUAGUACAUUUCUGAUCACUUUGAGCACCUAUGACCUGCUGACCCUCUGACCUCUUUAGGAUAUUGAAUGUGUUGACAUGAAUUCAAUGAUACAAUUUCGUUAUUUAAAAUUGCAGUUUUGAAAUGGUCCUUUUUUUGCUAAUGGUCAGUAUUAGACAAUUAAAUUUGUUGGGAUGCUAAUUGCUGUUGAAGGGCUUUUUUUUUUGACAAACUUCAUUUGUGCUGUUAAACUCCUGGGUAUGUGACACAAACAACCCAAAGAUUGUGAACAAAAUAUUCACUUUUGGUUUUAUUAACAUUGCAAGAGUUUAACAUGGGCAGGACUGCUAACUUGCAUUGUAGUAUUGCGUGUUUAUCUUAACAGUGGCAAAAUUAAGAGUUUCAUAUCAUCAGACAAAAUGGUUAUUGGUUUUUAGUUGGCUCAAUUUGUGGCAAUUAUUCAAUUCUGGACAGGUAGAGUCAGCAGCCAAGACGUAGUUCGAGAAGGCAGGUUCUGCAAACACCAUGCACAGUAAUAAAUGUGGUUUUGAUAUACAAGAAACUGCUGUGGCCUUAUGCAGACUAAGGUAGACGCCAGUUUGCUAAUACCUAAAUGCUGAUCUCUGGAAUGAUAAAAGACAUUUCUCGACUAUAAUCAUUUUUGUUAUUGUGCAAAAUGAGUUUGAAGUAAUUUAGUCAUUGUAAGUUUUGAACAUUAGCCAAUCAGCAGCAUAAAGUCAUGUCAUGAAUAUUUACCAAAUUCAGUGUUAAGAGUAGCUCUCUUUUUAAGAAAAAGGGUAAGUUCAAGUGUACCUGGAAAGAAUUUACUGCCUCCUUUGGAUUGUGUACGGUUUUAUUUAGUUUGGUGAAAAUAUAUUUGUGAUGGAUCUAGGGUGUAAUCCCUCUUUGAGGCAGCUCUGAUACAAGUACCGUUGCUAUAUGUACUUGUGUAUACCAACAUGUCAGGUCCUUUAGCACUGAUAACUAUUUGCACCUCUAACAUGAUGAGCUAUGUUUUCUGUGGGUGUGAAUUAUGAUAUAUGUCUAAUGCUGAACUAAAUCAUAAUUUUCUUUCAGGAUGUGGGCAGCAUGGGUUAGGCCAGCAUUGUUUAUCCAAUCCUAACUGAUCUGCAGAUAAUGAGCUGCCAUCUGGAGCCAUUGCAUUCCAUGCAAUGUCGGUACACCCACAUUGCUGUUAGGAAAAAAGUUCCAGGUUUCUAAUCUUUUGCUGGGCUGUUGGUUU